UUCUGCUGUACAUAUAUACAGUCGACACUGAGCGGAUUCAUCAAACAGACACAGUUGCAUCCGUGGAGCCAAACACACGAUCACCAACGUACAGAGCAUUUUUGCCAUGCCGAGUCUGGUCGCAUCCCCACUGACGGAGCUGCACCUCAACAUGGACACUGAUAACAAGAAGAGGGGAGGAAACCUGAAGUCUCGGCUGAGUAGAUCAUCUCAAGCCUCUACCGCUGAGGGGCUUUGUUUCGAGGAGAUGUCCGAGUGGUCACAUUCACUAGAGAGACUUCUAUCAUCCAAAUAUGGCAUCCAGGUAUUCCAGGCCUUCUUGAAGUCAGAGUUCAGCGAUGAAAACAUUGAGUUUUGGCUGGUGUGUGAGACCUAUAAGAAGAUGAAAUGUUCCAUCAUGAUAUUCUCCAAGGCCAAAAAGAUCUUCAAACGCCACAUCCAAGCUAAGGCUCCGAGAGAGAUCAACAUUGAUCACAAGACCAGAGAGCUGAUCAGACGGAACAUGAAGAGGCCCACCACGGUGUGCUUCAGCGAUGCCCAGAGGAUCGUCUACGGGCUAAUGGAGAGGGAUUCUUAUCCGCGUUUCCUCAAGUCUGACAUUUAUCAGGCUCUGCUGGACUCCACAUCAGAAUCAGCGCUGACGUAAAGAAAACAGAUACCAGAGACAUUAUGUUUGUAGAAGCUGUACUGUUGAAGCUGAGCCCCAUACUGGACUACUUGAGAGACUCUAUGGUGUUUGUUUGCUUGUACUGGAAACACUGGUGGUGAUCCCUUUUCAACACAUUCAUUCUGAGUUGGAGAAGACAUGCUUUGGGGUUGGCCACGGCCACAUAAUUGAUUGUCUUAGAGAGGAGAAGUCAGCUCUGUCGUAAAAAAGCUGACGAGUGGCCAAAAAAACAGUCGUUUAUUAGCAGAUGCUGCGAUAGCCGCUGUAAAGCAAAGGGCUUCCCAGAGACGCCUCGUGAAAAUGCGAGGGACUUUCUGUGCGAGACGCCAGGAAGUGUAUGUGGUGCAAACGACACGCUCCACCCAAGAUGCAAGUGCACGAGCUGGAAUCUACAUUUGCACACCAUCUUAAGUUUAUUGUCAUCUCACUAAAGCAAUAGAGAAGUAUGCCGUCUAGAUGUGGAUUUUUAUGCACAGUGUUAAAAUUACAUGAAAUGUUUUACAUUCUGACGUCAGUGUCAGUCACACUGAAAUCACUGAUAUGUUACAACUAUAAUAAUUUGUAAUAAGCUAAAUGUUGUGUCAUAAUCGUCCACAGUCUGUGAGAACGUUAUGUGAAUGUGAAUAUUAAGGUGGAUUUGUAAAUAUUUAAUAAAAGAUAUGCUUUAUAAUUUUAAACGUA